UGUAGCCAUGUUCCUGAAGGACAGUGUGCAAACCUGAGGAAAUACUCAUCACCACCUGGUGUCAGUUUUAGCAAUGGCUUACCUUGCCCAGUCAGUCCAUCGGCAGUUUGCGGGUCUGGUGCUUGGGUUUGUAGGAUGGAUAAUGACAGCCUCCGUUUCUGGGGUGAACGACUGGAGGUUAUGGUACGUGGACAAUCAGACAGUCAUCACGGGAGGAUUGGCCUGGGUGGGAGUGUGGCGGGUCUGUUUCAACAGCCACAUUUUGGACUUGGCUGAGAUCUGCAAAAGCAUCAGCCUUACAGAUUCAUUCACUCCACCAGAAAUAGCAGCUGCCCAGGUACUUUGCAUGGUUGCUGUUGGCAUGGGGGUGAUCGCAAACCUGGUGGCGGGACAUGCGGUGAGAAAUGCCAUCUUUGGGGUCGACAGCGGGCAUGUCAGAUUGACCUUUGUGAUGGCGGGUUCCUUGUACUGGCUAACUGCAGUGUGUUCGCUGGUGCCCGUCUUUUGGAAUAUGAAUUCUGUACUGGCCAAUCUCACUAUAGACUUCCCGCCUGACUUCUACUUGCCUUCUGCUCCAGUAAAACAGGAAGUGGGUCCAGGGAUUGGGAUUGGGAUGGGUUCAGCUUGCAUGCUCAUUGUAAGUGGACUACUCUUACUGUGCUACAGGUAUCCCAAAACCAAGAUGCCUAAGAGUGGAGAAACGGGACAUUUUGACAAAAAUCCAAGAGAUGAAGGCUUUCUUGGUGUAACAGAAGAGAGUAUGGAUGAGGGGAAGAUCAACCCAGCCUAUGAAUCAGAGAAGAUUUAA